CUCUCCCACCAUUUAAAAGAAUUUCAAGUGACUUUUCCAGCUUACCAUUUUGACCAAAGCCCUGUACUGUAAAUUUAGGAGGACAAAAAAUCUGCAUUCUCCAUAGGCUGUUGAAGCCCGGGCCAAAAAAAAAAAAAAAAAAAAAAAAAAAGAGGAAGAAGAAGCAAGCAUAGAAGAAAGAAGAGGAAGUAGUGGAAGCAAAGAACAGAGAUGAAUACGGGCGAGUCGUCACAGCCGUCGUUGUCAUGGCCGGCCGGAAAACAGUAUCUUAGUCCGGCAGCUCGCUUAUUUCAUUCGCCGAGAUUCAAUUGUUAUAUCAUAUCAAUCCUGGGCUGCAAAACAAACAUCAAUCCGGACGUUGUUAAAGCUGGUUUAAAACAAACUUUGCUUAAACAUCCUCGAUUCUCUAGCAAGCUGGUUAGCAGUGAAAGGGGGUGUGGAAAAAGAAAAUGGACUCGAACGUCGGUAAAUCUUGAAGACCAUGUUAUAGUUCCAAACUUUGAUUCGGAAAUAGACUCUCCGGAUCGUUUUGUAGAAGACUAUAUUUCCAACAUAACGACAACCCCUCUUGACUUUUCAAAACCUUUGUGGGAACUUCAUCUCCUAAACGUCAAAACUUCAUAUGCAGAAGCAGUCGGAGUUUUCAGAAUUCACCACUCUGUUGGUGAUGGAGCAUCUCUCAUGUCGCUUCUUCUUGCCUGUACCCGGAAAACCUCUGACCCGGAUUCAUUGCCUACAGUUCCAACAAUGAAGAAACGGACCCGUUCGAGUGAUUCAAGCUGGUUUUGGAGGUUUUUAUGGGUUAUUUGGUCAGUAUUAAUAGUGAUAUGGAACACUUUUGUCCAUAUUGUGUUGUUUUUAGCAACUACUCUGUUUUUGAAAGACACAAAGACUCCCAUUAAAGGUGAACUUGGUGUUGAGCUUGCCACCAAGCGAUUCGUUCAUCGAACGGUUAGUCUUGACCACAUAAAGCUGAUCAAGAACUCUAUGAAAUUGACAGUGAAUGAUGUUAUAGUGGGAGUGACACAAGCCAGUCUCUCGAAGUAUCUAAACCGCCGAUAUGCAGCUCAAAAUCAGAAAGAUGGAGGAUCAAACCAUAAGAGAAACAAUCUUCCGAAAAGUAUUCGCCUUAGAGCAGCUAUUCUGAUCAACUUAAGACCAACUGUGGGGAUUCAGGAUUUAGCAGAGAUGAUGGCUAAGGAUUCCAAAACCAGGUGGGGUAAUUGGAUUGGAUAUAUACUCGUUCCCUUCACCAUUGCUUUGCAAGAUGAUCCAUUGAACUACAUUCUUCAAGCCAAAGCUAUGAUCGAUCGAAAAAAGCUGUCGCUUGAAGCUAUCUGCACUUUUGCAACAGCCAAACUUAUAAUCACAACAUUUGGAGCUAAGGUGGCAGGAUUCAUAGCGCACAGACUUCUUUCUAAUACAACAAUGGCCUUCUCAAGCCUGGUCGGUCCAUUAGAAGAUGUUAGCUUUUAUGGCCAUCCAAUAACUUUCAUUGCUCCUAGUGUUUAUGGUCAUCCACACGCUCUGACAAUCCAUUUCCAAAGCUAUGUGAACAAGAUGACUAUUGCUUUAGCAGUUGAUCCGAGUGUGAUUCCUGAUCCUCAUCAGCUGUUGGAUGAAAUAGAAGAGUCUCUCAAACUCACUAGGGAUGCUGUUGUGAAAAGAGAACUCACCCAAGAACCUGUCUAAGAGACUUGUUCACAGUUUUUAUGCCUCUACAUUUGGCAUAAUUUCUUAAUGAUUAUUGAAUCGUUUCUUCCAAAUAUAAAUGAUAAAUUAAAUAUAUCAGAUUCUAUUGAUUACUUUUUUCAAUUGUCUGUUAUGUUUAAUUUUCAUUUAUAUUUUCUCCAAGUUGGUAAAGAAAAUGUAUCAUAAAUACUAUCUAACAAUAUAUAGAAAGAUGCUUCAGGUGAUGCUUGAUCAAAUGGGAUUGCAUGUAUAAUAUUAUAAUUUUUUUCUUACUUAGAA